GAACAGGAUGCAGAGGACCAAUCGCUCGCUGUCCUGCUGCUUCGUCCUCUCGGUGGGGAAGUGAGAGCUCAGCUCAGCUCACUCGGCGACCGGCGGAGAAGUUAACGGAGCUGCCACGUGAAGCGACCGCUGGCUCACUCCGUAUCCCCUCGACGCGGGAGUAGCUGCAGCUGCGGAAUACCGCCGACUGCCUGUUUGACCGAAGGGUUCGUCUCUGAAACCGUCGGCAUCUCGAGAAACAGAGAGUGAUUUUGAAAGCGUCCCCUUCCUACCUGUAGACAUGGAGCACCAUUUCCUGAUGAGACUGUGGUGAGUCCAGCGCAGCCCUGUCUCGCCUACAGCGCCCCCUGUCGGCCCGGACGGCUCACCAUGCCCCGGCGCCUGUGAAGGGGUACCAUGUCAGCCGCAGCAUGUCCCAGCACUCCUCCGGGGGCGGCGGCGGCGGCGGCGGCGGUGGCGGAGGAGGGGGCGGGCCCUGCCACUGCAUGCCCGAGGACCUGGACCCCGCCCUGGCCCGGGAGUUCUACCAGGGCCACAACGACGCCGGGGGCCACUACUACCCUCCCUCCGAGGCCCUGGCCCUGGAGCGCCACCACUCCCACUCCCACGCCCACUCCCACGCCCACGCCCACGGCCACUCGGGCGGGGGCACCUUCCCCCGCUCGCACCCCAGCCAGCAGCACCCGCCGCUGCAGUCGCUGGACUCCUGCGAGGAGUGCGUCGGGCCCCCGGGCCACCACCACGGCGCCAAGGGCCACCGCGUCCCGCCGGGCCUGGCCGACCAGCUGGAGAAGCAGGGGCCCUUCCACCCGGACGGCUUCCACACGCUGCAGUACCAGCGGGGUCCCGGCGGCGUGGGGGGCGGGGGAGGGGGAGGGUCCGGCGGAGGGGGGGCCGGCGGGGAGCCCCGCAGCGAGAGCCCCUCCCGCAUCCGCCACCUGGUGCACUCGGUGCAGCGGCUCUUCGCCAAGUCCCACUCCCUGGAGGCGCCGUCCAAGCGGGAGCUCAACGGCACCCGCGACUACCGCGGCGAGCGCGGAGGGGGGGGCGGGGGCGGCCACCGGAGCGGCGGGGAGGACGGGGGAGGCCCGCCGGGACACCACUCGGGCCACCAGUCGCGCUCGGCCCGCCGGAGCAAGUCCCGCGAGCGCAGCAAGAGCGGCGACUCGCGCCACGAGUCGGGCCGGCGCCACCGCAGCCGCACGGCGGGCUGGUGGAGCUCCGACGACAACCUGGACAGCGACAGCAGCUACAUGGUGGGCGGGGGCGGCGGCGGCGGCGGAGCGGCCGGCGCGGCCCCCCCCGUGGGCCACGAGAGCCUGGACGCCGCCAUCCAAGAUCUGACCAUGAGGAAGCCAAAGGAGAGGGGUGGAGGAGGGCAUGGGCACGGGCAUGGGGGCCCGGGGCCCGGGGAGUGCCUGGCCUGCAACGCCAUGGCGGGGAAUGAGACGGGCCAUCACGGGGGCCACCACCACCAUCACCACCAACAACAACAACAACAACAACCACAACAACAACAACAACAAGGCCACCACUCGCUGAAGAGGAGCACCUGGUCGGCCAUGACAGUGAGCCAGGCCAGGGAGGUCUACCCCUCCAGCCGGGGGCAAGGAGGAGGAGGAGGAGGAGGAGGAGGAGGAUAUGACAAGGCCCUGGUUCCCUUGGAGAAACAGCUGAAAGAGAGGAACUUCCACUACCUGCAGCCCACAAUGUCGCUCACUGUCCCGUCAGACGAGUGGGGCGGGCCCUAUCCGGGCGGCGUGGCGGACGGUAGCGGCGGUGAGAUCCCGUGCCGGCGCAUGCGCAGCGGCAGCUACAUCAAGGCCAUGGGCGACGACGACAGCGCCGACUCGGACGCCCCCAGCCCCAAGACGUCCCCCAAGAGCAGCCUGAUCGCCCAGCGGGACGCCUUCCGCCGCUCCAUCAGCAUGGACCAGAGGUACUCAUGCAAGCAGUGUACAGACACCUACACCAAUAGCUGGACCACGCCCAAGAACCACGCCCGAUCCCGCAGCUACACACGAUCCCUGACCAGCGCACAGCUCGGGGACAGCCUGAACCGGCAGUUUGAGACGGUGUGUGAGACCAUGUUCGGCGAGGUGGAGUCCCAGGCCAUGGAGGCCCUGGACCUGCCGGGGGUCUUCCGCACGCGUAGCCACAGCUACGUGCGCGCCAUACAGGCAGGCUGCUCCCAGGACGACGACUGCCUGUCCGUCUUCUCCGUGUCGGGCCCCCAGGGGAGCAUGAAGGCCGGGGCCGUCUUCCCCUACCGCAAAGGGGCCCCUCCCCCGCUGCCGCCCCGCAUGUCCAAGUCUUCCCUGUCGGUGCGCGCCCAGAGCAGCACCGAGUCCACCCAGGACGCCUACUUCCUCAACCAGCAGGGGCCCCCCUCCCACGGCCCCGGCCCGGGCCCCGGGCGCCUCCGGCAGCACAGCAACUCGGUGGACCUGGGGGGCUCCGAGGGCCCCCACGGCCGCUCCUCCUCCUCCCGGGCGGGGUACUACACGGGCACGGGCCCCGCCGUGAGGCCCCGGCAGCACAGCAACUCAGCCGAGAGCCUGGACGGCGGCGGGGGGGUUAAAGGCGGGUCCCGGGAGCUGGUGCCCUACGGGGCGAGGAUGGGGACGGGAGGAGGAGGAGGAGGAGGAGGAGGAGGAGGGGGGAUGAUGAUGAUGGGCUCCGGGCUGAGGGCCAAGCACAGCAGCUCGGCGGACAGCCUGCUGGAGGGGCCUCCCAGGCCGGCCCGCGAGAGGGACGGCCGGGCGGGGGGCAGCCUGGGGAAGUCAGCCUCCCUGCCCCAGAACAGCAUGGUGCUGAGCAAGACCCCCGGAGGGCAGGAGGACGGGCGCGGGGGGAGGAAGUGGCGGCCGUCUAUAGCGGUGCAGGUGGACAGCUCGGAGACCCUGUCCGACUCGGACCUGGAGGGCAAGGCCCUGAGGGAGGUGCACUCCAUCGGGGUCCAGGUGGAAGACGACAAGAGGCGGGCACGCUUCAAGCGCUCCAACAGCGUGACGGCCAGCGUGCAGGCGGACCUGGACCCCGAGGGCUUCCCCCCGGGGCUGGGCCUGGCCGCGCCCAUGCAGGACAAGGGCCUGCAGUUCGGCUGCUCCUUCCAGAGGCACUCCUCCGAGCCCGAGUCGGCUAGCCAGUACGCCGAGUUCCACCGCACCGUCCACACGCAGGGCCAGUGGGCCUACAGAGAGCAGGACUACAUCCAGGGCGGCUACGCCCCGGAGAGCUGUCAGACCGACGCGCGACCCCACCCCAUCCUGCCCUCCCGGGCCCACUCCCCGCUGCCCCUCACCUCGGAGAGGGCCUGGGCGGGCACGCCGUCGCUGGAGGGCCCCCGCAGCCUCCCGGACUCUGGGCGCGCCUCCCCUUGCAUGAGGGACGGGGAGUUCUUCCUGCGGCUGCUGCAGACGGAGGUGGAGAGGAUAGAGGGAUGGUGCCAGGGCAUGGAGAGGGAGGCGGAGGAGAACGAGCUGCCGGAGGAGGCUCUGGAGCUGAUUCGUAAUGCCAUCGGCAGCGCUCAGAUGCUCAUGUCUCAAAAGGUGCAGCAGUUCUUCCGGCUCUGCCAGCAAAGUGUGGACCCCUCGGCGUACCCCCAGCCCACCUCUCAGGACCUGGCGAGCUUCUGGGACCUGCUCCAGCUCAACAUUGAGGACGUGAGGGUCAAGUUCCAGGACCUCCAGAGGAUCAAGGACUCCGGCUGGCUCCCGGCCGAGAAGAAGGAGGACAAGAAGCUUCCUCCCCCCUUACCAAAGAAGCCAGCCGGGGGGGUGAGCGGCAGCCUACGGGCGGACAGUGUCGGAGACGGAGGUGGAGGAGGUGGGGUGGGCGGUGGAGGAGGAGGAGGGGGAGUGGGGGGCGGCGGCGGCGGCGGCGGCGGGGGCUUGGGCGGGACCCUGGCGGUGCCCCGCUUGGGCGGGCGCACGCUGCCCGUCAGGGAGAAGUCCCUGGACCUGGGGGACCGCCAGAGGACUGAGGCCAGGAGGAGGCUGCUGCAGACCAAGAGGACUGCCUCCUUCCGACAGAACUCGGCCACGGAGAGCGCCGACAGCAUCGAGAUCUACAUCCCCGAGGCCCAGACCCGCCUCUGAAUCCACUGGCCCCUUUGGUUUAGUUACCCGUUCAACAAACACAUAUGAAUCCGGGGGGGGGGGGGGGGGUGGUGCUUUGAGAUAGGGCCGAGCUGCUUGAAUCUCUGAGUCGUAAGAUGAGGCCCUCUUUUAUCGGACUCCCAUGGUGGGCCCUUGUCCACAAGCCAUUUUAACAGUUGGCAAUACAAAAUGAUUUGCUCUCUGCUGUGGGGUGGUGAAAAAAAAAAAAGCAAGGACAGCCAUUUUGUCUGGGGAGUCAAAAUGUUCAAUUGUAGCUUAACAUUGAUUUGUUUUGGGACUUUUAUUUAUUGUGGACCUUAAACUCCAUGCCAAUGGAUGUGGGGUUCUUUGGCAAGAAAGAGAAGACAGUGUUUUGACCAGGUCUUCAGUGGAAGGGUCACGCCAUCGUAGCAUGCCUGAGCGUGUUCUCUUAGCAUCUUCUCUCAGUGGAAUUAAAGGGCUUAAGGGGAUCAGAACCUUUGUUAAGGGAGAGGAAUUAUCACUCUAUAUACACUGACAUGCUUGGGGCACUCCUUCACAACAAUCUAUUAUAGCUAUACCACAUGUAUUUGUUUUGGUGUGGGAAGGGGGGGGGGGGGGGGUAGGUUAUUAUUCAAUUUACUUUUAAAAGAUGCUUUGAGAAUGGCUGUUUAACCGUUUGAAUCUGACCACAAAGCCCUCAAAAUCGAGUAGUUGGCAAUCCCAAAGAACAUUCUCAGUGCAUUGCUGGCCGGCUACGGAUGGAACCUUCACGAUUACCCAGGCAGUCACAUUAGCCUCACCACCACUGCCUCUACCCCUCCAUGUCCUAAAGAAUCCUCCUAAACUUCUCUGCAGUUUGGAUUCCUGUUAGAUUCUUUCAAUGAUGCGUUUUUGUACAUAGUGUGCAUGCCUGAGUUCGCCAGAGAGAGCUUUGCAGUGUAGCAUCACUAGCCUCAUAGAAAAAUAAUGGAGCUGCUGGCUUUGAUAUAGCCCUAUAUAUCUAUUGUUUUGGGUUCCAGGGGUUGGGGUAUAUUUUAGGUUUUGGUGUUUUUUGAAAAAAAGAAUUGUGCGUCGGGGUUGGUGUUUCCAGACACAAUUUCACUGUGAGAUUACAGCACCACCUUGUGGUGAAACAACGUAAAACAAUACAAAAGAUUAACAUCCGGGCAACCUUUUUUGCUAAUUCAUAUAAGUACUUCCCUUGUGGCCCCAAUCCAUUCCUCAAGUCUGGCGCCAGCCCUGUGGACAUGUUCUUGAAUCCCUGAGAGGCCACAUAUUUGUGCUUUGUCAAAACUACAUCGACAUCUCUUUCAUUCUCUCAUACACACGGGUAUUAUUGUGUGGCACAGAGACACUCCAAACAAGUCAUGCUUGAGAAACUGAAAUAUUGAUUUUGUUUCCCUCCAGAGGUAACGAGGAGUCACGCAACAUAGUCUUAAAUUAACCAUGACUGCAUAAUGUGUUUGUUACGGUAGCUCCAACACAAGGAAUUUUUACUCUUUACUUUCGUCACCAUUCCCCGCAAUACUGUAUAUCUAUAUUGAUGAAAGACUGGCAUGGUUUGUGAAGGUUUGGGAAGGACCAGCUUAUGUCGAAUUUUUGUUAAAAACUAAUUUUCUCUCGGAUCCUUUCUAAGGCUGGUAUAGGAAGGACGGAGCAUUUCUAUUUGUUAAAGUGUUUUUUUUUUUUUUCAGACUGGCGCAUUUGCGCUGAAGCCCAACAAAUACAGACCCAAAAAUAUGAAUUUUGAAGAAAAAAGAAACUGAGCAAAGAAUCUUUAGCAUGUUGUGUUUUUUCUAAUAUUUAAGAUGGAAUGUGUUGUAAAAUUGAAUAUUUUGGGAGAUGAAUAUUUUAUAAUAUAAUCUACAUUUCUAGAUUAGUAGACUAUUGAGUACAACAUAAAAGAGACAUAUAUCAAAUGUGUAAUACAAAAGUAUUAUUAUAGAAUAUAGAAUUGUGUGAUCCUACAGCUCUGUGGCAUAUUCAGGCUCAGUACGUGAAAAACAGUUUUUACAAAUAUAUAUAUAUAUAUUAUAUUACUAUUACCUUCAGUAAAAUAGCGUGCGGCAGGUCCACAGGGUAUUUAUGGCAAAAUAACACUUAGUGCCACAUAUUUUGGGCUUCCUAGAGUCCGUUAAAGUUUAUUCUGAGGUUUUGAAAAAAAAAUCACACCUGUAACACGUGCCGCAAUGCAUCCUCCCCCACACCCAACCCAACCCCACCCACCACACACACACACAC